AUGGCCACCACGUUUCUUUCCUUCUCACGCCUCCCCUUUGACAUUCGCAGUCAAAUCUGGGCCUUGGCAGCGUACCCACGUCUCAUCCACGUCCGCACAACGCCCAAGCCAGGCCGUUUUGAGGGCCACCGUUUUGCAGGCUCGGACCGUUAUUUUGCCUCUAUGAUUCCACAAGCGGAACUCAUGCAUGUCUGCCAGGAGUCUCGUCAACUCGCCCCAUAUCAGAAAGCAUUCUUCACUACCUUACCUGGCGACUCCGAGACUCGGUAUAUUUGGGUUAACUUUAACGAGGACAUGAUCUGCCUCGAACACCACAAUCUGUACGCCCUUGACCCGCAUGCGGCCGAUAUUCAGCGGCUUAGGUUCACCGUUCCAACGGGGAGAGAAUUUGAAGACUGGGCCGAAACAUUUACUAGAUUUACGAGCUCCAGGUUCACGCAGUUUACCGUUCUGCGGGAAGUGCACUUGGCCAUAUCGCAUGACAUGCAUUUCUGGGGGGCAACCGCUGGCUCGUAUGGCGUUUGUCCUAUCGAUAAUGUUAGGUUUCUUGACAUUCAGACGGGGCUCAUGUUGACUAAAGCUCAGAUUGAGUUAGCAGAGGAAUGGGAAAGCCAGAAGGGGUGGCUAGUACAGAAUAUGGAUGACAUUGACGAAGAGUUGUGGUCCUUUAGUGGUUAUCCUUUUAUUGAGCUUUGCUUAGAGGUAGAAUAA